CACCUCAGGCCAUUAUUUCUCUUCCUGCUCCUACCGACAGGCCACAGUCCGGGAAGGGUCCGUCGGGCUCACACAGCUGGAGGGAGUUUCCUGCUGUGCAGAGAGCUGUCCAGGCUCACCAAGAGGAGAUGCCCAGGCCCAGCCACUGAGGAGCCAACCCUCCUCCUGCACUCCCCAGGAUGGAAAUGUGCCAGUUUUCUGGGGAAGUCCAGCACUGUCCUGAUUGCUAUGGGUCACCCCACUUCCUCUCCCAUCCAGUACAGGGCCAAUAAAUGACUUUGGGGCUCACUCCACAUCCCUGGGUCAUGAGGUCUGGCUGCUCCCUAUUGUGUGAGAGAAGGCAGAGAUGGAAAAGGUCCAUGAGGUCCAUCUGUCCGUCCGCUGGGGACCAGUGCAGGAUUGUUACCUGCAGUCAGAUCCCUAGUUAUUCCAUGGCUGAGGAAGUGGUGAAAAAACACACUCAUCCUUAUGGCGCUGCGCAGCAGAGGUAAAUCUCUUCAGACAGAAAGUUCCAGCCCUAAUUGUUGCUAAAUAAAUAAAUGAUCCACACAUGACCAGAGCGUAAAUGCAGUGCAGCCUGCCUGAGUGUGCAGACAGCCGGCAAGAACAGCUCUGAGAGGGGUGAGUGCCUCUUUUCAUCUCAAUGUGUUGUGAACUCUGAGUCCUGCUGGUUAUUGCCAAUCGCUUUGCAGAGUCAUCCAGCUGAGGUGUUUAUAACACAGUUCCCAUGUGCCUAGGGGCCGUGAAACCCAACUGGACCCUCGCCCGAGGUCAAAACUCUGGCUUUCCUCAGCAUCCUCUGCAAUGCAGUUCUGCACUGACCAUAGACAAAUCUGUGUCACAUGGGAGAGAGAAUUGAAGAGCAGCAUGGAAGAAACUGAAUUUCUUACCCAGUUCCAUUACCAGAGGAAUACAGUGUUGGUUUUCAUAUUGAUUUGAGUGUUUGAUUUGUAAACCUUUCAGGUUUGAAUUCCUUGAAGCAGCCCCAGUGCUUUCCAGGGUCUGUGCUCAGAAGCUAUAGAAACUCGGCAGCGUUGGCACAGAAUUUCAGUCAAGCUUCCUGAAGACCUUAAAUCCAGGCCAUUUGCUCUUGGUUUGUCCAACCUAGUUCUCAGUGUCCCCAGGGCUUGACCACCAUGUCCGACCUUCCUCACCAAACUUGGAAGUUAAAUGACUGGAAGCCUUUUGGAUCUGUCUGCAGUCUUCCUGUGCGGAUGCCUGGGGGGACCAGGAGCGGUUAGAUCAGCAAGAAUGGAGAGAAGAGAGGAGGGGGAUUUCAGUACUAGUUUCCUUCCAGCUCUGUCACACUGGGCAGUACAAUCUCCCCUGAACCCUCUCCUAUCAGGGCAUGUUCUGAGUCAGUGUCUGACCAGUCCACCACACUGCAGUAGGAUUCAGCUGCUAAGAGACACUUGGCCAAAUGCUGGGUCUCAGUUACACCCCCAAAUAGCCAGAGGAACUGCACUGAGGUCAGGCAAGUUCCUCGGGACUGAGCCUAGCGUAACAGAGCAGAAUGUUGCACAGUCUGGUGGUCACACUGUGCUGGUCACUCGGUGGUCAGAUCAUGGUCACUGUCCUGGAAACAGCGGUGCUAGCUUCAGGAACAACAACCCAUUAGGGGAAAGGAAUAAAUACAACCUUCUCUGACGGGACUUGCCCUGCCUCAGCCUCCCUGCACCAAUCAGUGUCUCCUCUCACAGACGCCUUUCCUGCCCGUUUUCCAAGCCUCUCCCUGGGGAGGGCAAGAGGUGGCCAAGCAGGGAAGGUCUCACUUCUCUUUCAGAAUCUGCAGAUGUGCCAUUGAGCUGUGGAAGGCCCUGGGGGAAGAACCACAGCUCCCCAGGGAGGUGCUGCAGCAGCUGCUGGACAAGCUCCAGCAGAGACGCCGGGAGGAGAAGAGCAGCAAUGUGUCUCUGGCUCACGAAACAGUCAGUGGAGGCUGUGAAGACUCUUUUCUCCAUGCCCGGAUACUGGAAGGAAUUUGCCAGCAUCCAAUUUCAGCAGGGCUGGGACAUGAUAGCCUCACGAUAUUACUACUCACAAGGUGUUGGCGUGAUUGCAAGAGCCAUGAUCGAGUUUGAGAACCCUCAGCUCCCUGCCGUCUUCAGAGAGGCCGUCACCACUGUUCAAAGGGAGAAGGAGGAGGAGCAGAGAAAUAUCGCCAUGACUUUCUGCACUGAGUUUCUCCAGAGUCCUUCCAUUGAGACAAUACUGACAAAAUCAGAGCUCCCGGCGCAGCUCAUGGAAUGGACCCAAGACAAAAAUCCCAUUGUACGUCGGCUCAGUCUGCGAGGCCUUGGCAGUAUUGUGCUCCAGCCAGAAAGGGUGCAAUUGUUAUGGGCCCAGCUGCCGGCGAUCAUGGACAUGUCCUGUGACAGGGAUGGAGGGCGUGUCAUGGGGGCCAUAUAUAAAGCUGGAGAUAUCAUCUACCUCCUCGACAGGGAGGGGCUUGGCUCCAUCUCCCAGGACAUUGCAAUCAGCCUUCACCCCUUCAUUGAUGACGAGAGGGGCAGUGUGCGCUCCGCUGCCAUUUUACUGCUUGGCAACUUGAUGAGCAGUGUGAAGGACCUGGACAAACCCAUCGUGCAGCAGGAAAUGAUCCACUGCUUGCUCCCGUUGGUGCUGGAUCUUGAAGACCAGGAUGAGAGUGUGACACUGAGAUGAACUGACUCUCUUCCGCUGCGCAGUGUUUCUCAGGUGGGCUCAUUUGAAGAUGCUGUUCCGCAGCAUGGCCUGGGAUGGCUCCACACAGCUCCUGAAGUGUGCCUGGAAGUGCUUGGCAG